AUGCUGUUUCAUGCCACCUGUUAAAUAUUUUGCCUCUGGGUAAUAUUCAUGUUGUAUGUAGAGGGAGGAGCUGCCAACAUUCGAUGCCCUGGGUGUCAUGAGAACACAGCACUCAGAAAUUUCUACAUGCGGCGGGCCUGAGACGGACCGGUGAGCAAACCUCUGGACCUGACAGUGCCGCAGUCAUGGGUGAGUGGGAUUUCAUCAGUGGAUUCUUCGAUGCCCUCCAGACACGCUCGCCGAUGCUGGGUCGUUUCUGGCUCUUCCUCGUGUUGGUGUUUAGGAUAGUUAUCUUGGAAACCGUGGCCAGUGACAUGUUUGAGGACGAGCAGGAGGAAUUUACCUGUAACACCCUCCAGCCAGGAUGUAAGCAGGUGUGUUAUGACAUGGCUUUCCCCAUCUCCCAGUACAGAUUCUGGGUGUUUCAUAUAGUCCUCAUCGCUACACCUUCUCUGCUUUACCUCAUAUAUGCAACACAUCAGCAUCACAAGAGAGCCAACCGCUCCUCGUCGAGGAAAAAGACCAGCAGGGAGAACAGAGAAGAAAAAACUUUAAGGGCGCUCUACAUUAUCACUCUGAUCUUCCGCAUAGUGGCAGAAAUCGGCUUCUUAUUUGUCCAGUGGCGUCUCUACGGCUUCAAGGUGGAGGCCCAUUUUCCAUGUAGUCGUUCUCCCUGCCCCCUAACAGUGGAGUGCUACACUUCUCGGCCUGCAGAGAAAACAAUCUUCCUCCUCUUCUACUUUGCUGUAGGGGUGAUAUCAGCAUUUUCCAGCAUUGUGGAGCUUCUCUACAUCUCUAGGAAGUGGUUUUACUCAAAUCAGAAGCACUUAGAACUACAUGAGCGCUGUGACUGCGAGAACCUCCACAACCACAAGCAAGAGAAGACAGAGGAGAAACCAAGAGAAAAGACAAGCAGUGUGCACGUGAAGAAGGAAGCAUUGAGAAGCAGCUCCAGUCGAAAGGCCUCCAACACUGAGCACAAGACCAAGAGUCCAAGAGGAAAAUAUGCGAGUGGCUCGAGGCUUACAGUGUGAGAGGACUCUGAAUCACACAUGCUGCUAUCACAGCAUCCUCUCAUUCUAUUAUAAAUUUGUGACAACAUUUCUAAUUCCUUCGUGCUGCUUCGCUUAAAAAUUAAAUGAUGAAGAAUUUCACAGUUAAGGAGUUUUUCCAUGGAACAUAUCACAAGGAAAUGCUUAAGAUCAGGAAACGAGCAAAUGCAACAAAAUGAUAAGACAAAUGCGAGGCAUUGUUGACUUGUUGACACUGUUCUGGUAAAUGAUAAAAUGCUGUAAACAGUUCAAGGAGGAAACAUUUUCUGGAUUACACUUGAUAAACUUGUUUAACGCUGGUUUUUUGAACCUGUUGCCCUUUUGUAGCUGGUCAGAGGCAGGAACUCUGACCCAGCAGAAGAUUUAGCUUGUACUGACAGGAAAAUAAAAGCACAGAAACCUUUCAGAGGUUCUUGACUGGGUCUCAACUCAGAUGCACAGACACCAUGCUAACAUGCUAAUGAUAUAUUACUCGAUGUGAUUUCUUGAAAUUUAUUUUCAAGGCCAAUUUUGACAAUGAACAAUGAGCAAUGAAUGUAAAUGUCAAAUUUCCAAAGGCCCACUAGUGUUGUAGUUUGAAGAUGAGCCAUAUAGAAAAUUGUGGAUAAUAUACAUUUUUUGCUGACUUUUAUAUUUGAUGUGACCUUGACCUUAAUCUGGGUUUCAUCAAAAUCAAAUCAGCUCAAGCUGCUCUUGGUAUCUACCAUCACACAAAAUUUUAAAAUGAUAUCUUGAAAACUGUGUAUUCUAGACUGCUAAUUUUUCAUAACAAAAAUAAUUUAAUAAAGUAAUUACAUAUUUGUGUGUGUCACACUGACAGGGAUUCUUCCAGCCCUCUAUAGAUCUUCACCAUGCUCAGGUCAGCAGGAACUUUAUAAACUACCUGUCUGUGAAGGUUCUCAGUCAUCCGGGUCAUCAUAGUCUAAGGAGCUUAGAAAGAAA